GUGCGGAAAAUUGUGCGAAAUGGAGGUAAUUUCUUACUGGACUGAAACUGGAGAAUUAACUCAGAGCCUCUGGCUCAAAUUGCUGAAUAUUAUUGGGAAAGAUUCUUUCACAUUGUGGGUGAUUGUUCCCUUUACAUUGACCACUGUUCUGUACUGGACUUUUGGUGGAUUCUACCUGUUUAUGGACAUUACGGAAAAACCGGCUUUCUUGCGGAAAUACAAAGUUCAACCAGGAACAAAUGAACCAGUUGAGGAUGAAAAACUUCGGAAACUCUUGAUAACUGUGCUGUUCAAUCAGUUCGGUAUUGGUCUCCCUAUGGCCAUCCUCAACUGGACAGUGAUGAGGGAGAGAAGUCUGGGUCCUGUAGAACUCUAUCCAACUCCUAUUCGCAUCCUCUUUGAUCUUAUAGUUUGUCUUCUGUUGCAAGAGAUAGGUUUCUACUACAGUCAUAGGCUCCUGCAUCAUCGUCUUCUGUAUAAAAUCAUUCACAAGAAACACCACGAAUGGACAUCUCCCAUAGCAAUAUCUGCUAUGUAUUGCCAUCCUAUUGAGCAUGUAUUUAGCAAUUUAAUGCCUCCUUUUCUGGGUCUCUACGUGAUGCGGAGUCAUCCUGCAACAGCCUGGAUUUGGUUUAGCAUUGCAAUUUUGGCCACUCUCAAUGACCACUCAGAUUACCAUUUCCCACUGCUGCCCAGCCCAGAAGCACAUGACUUUCAUCACCUCAAAUUCAACAACUGUUUCGGUGUUAUUGGACUUCUGGACUGGCUCCAUGGAACUGAUAAGAUGUUCAGGGCAUCAAGGGCAUUCGAUCGUCACAAAAUUUCUCUAACUGUUGCAUCUCAACGGGAAAAGUUUCCAGAUAUUGUAAAGAAAAGUCUUUAAGGGGAAGAAACAGAGCAUUUAAAGGAUCCUAAGGACAAGUACAAUGGAAGAAUAAAAAAAUGAAAAUGAA